GCUCUGUCUGAGGACCCUCGGGGAAUGGCCCCUGAACACGAUGGCUCCAACAUCACCACGGCCCCCAGCAGAGUUCUGGCCAACCAGUUUGCGCAGCCAGCCUGGCGCGUUGCGCUCUGGUCCGUGGCUUACAUCACGGUGCUGCUGGUGGCUGUCUUCGGCAACCUGAUCGUAAUUUGGAUCGUUCUUGCGCACAAACGGAUGAGGACCGUGACGAACUACUUCCUACUGAACCUGGCUUUCUCAGACGCAUCCAUGGCUGCCUUCAACACCCUCAUCAACUUCAUUUACGCAGCCCACGGAGACUGGUACUUUGGGGAGGUCUACUGCAGGUUUCACAACUUCUUCCCGGUCACAGCUGUGUUUGCCAGCAUCUACUCCAUGACAGCCAUAGCCUUGGACAGAUACAUGGCAAUCAUUCACCCUCUGAAGCCUCGACUCUCUGCAAAAGCCACAUUGGGAGUUAUCUUCUGUAUCUGGACCCUAGCUGUGGUCCUGGCCUUCCCUCUCUGCUACUUCUCCACCACCAGAACAUUACCAGGCAGAACUUUCUGCUACGUGGCCUGGCCCCGAAUGGCUGACGACCCUUUUAUGUAUCACAUCAUAGUUACUGUUCUGGUUUACAUUCUGCCAUUAGCUGUGAUGGGCAUCACUUACACUGUAAUCGGAGUAUCGCUGUGGGGAAGUGAGAUCCCUGGAGACUCAUCGGAAAACUACCACACACAACUUCAGGCUAAAAGAAAGGUGGUGAAAAUGAUGAUCAUUGUGGUUGUGACCUUUGCCCUCUGCUGGCUGCCGUAUCACGUCUACUUCAUUGUGACCGGCCUCAAUAAGAGUCUUAUUAGGUGGAAGUACAUCCAGCAGGUUUACCUGUCAGUGCUGUGGCUUGCCAUGAGCUCCACCAUGUAUAACCCCAUUAUCUACUGCUGCCUCAACAGCAGGUUCAGGGCCGGUUUCAAGCAAGUCUUCCGCUGCUGUCCCUUCAUCCGGAUGUCAAGUUACGACGAGCUGGAGCUCCAAAGCACCAGACUUCGACCUUGUCACCAAAGCAGCAUGUGCACCCUCUCUAGAGUAGACACCAGCAUCCUGAGUAAAAACAAGAGUAUUUCCUCUGGGAGAAACAGGUCAAAGGCAGACUCUGAGCAGAGUAAUAAAGACAGCUAGACUCCACACACACACCCAUCUUGUUCGCUUCUCAGAAUAUUCUGUUUACAAUAUUUUUAACUGCUUCUGUUCCUAUAUCAGACACUUAAGUGGUUUACAUUUUUUUAAGCCUCUUGAACGGUGAAGAGGAUAAUGUUGCACUGAUAGUUGUGCUUCAGUUUUCAUUGUUGUGCAAAACAUUACGUUUGCCUCACCCAACUCUUAGGCAAGCGAAAAAAUGCUUCCACCGCUCUAUUGUUCAUGUACAACUGACACAAGAGCCGCUUCUUAAGAAAACAGGAAACUUUCAGAGAGGAUACACGAGUGUCUGAGCCAACUGGGAGGUGGUGGUUGUUCAAUAGGGAACAUAACAUUUUUUUACAUGCAACCUAAAGGGAAAUCUACUAAAAUUUAAAUCAACUUAGACGAUUUGUUUAAGAUGAAGCUGAAAGAGAGUAUCAGCGGUGUUGGAGGUAGCUAAGAAAACAGACACUAUUCUGUUCAGGUUCAUUUAAAAUCUGGCUUCCUCCCACAGGCCAUAAACAUGGCUGUUAUGUUAAUGGGAACCUCUAAAUUGCCCUUAGGUCUGUGUUUCUUCAUUCUCCUGCGGUGAUCUGUCCAGGGUGUGCCCCAGUUUUCGCUCAUAGACUGCUGGAGACAGGCAGCUGUCCCACUUUGAGCCUGAUGUAUAAACAGAAAAAGAGGGCUGGAUAUUCUGCUGCAUCAUUACUGAAAACACAAACACAGGGAAUGACAAAAUGGAAGAUGAAUAAAAAAUAGUAACAUUAUUCUUCAAAAAAAAUGCUAGAGAUAUAAGAAGAUGUCUGUAUAGGUAAGGUUUUACUAAAAAUAUUUAAUAUUAGGCAGUUAUAUUGUAUUGUAGGAUGUCUUACAAUUGUGCUUGAAGGUUUACAUACAACUCUAUUAAGGACAGAAAGAAAU